UUAAAAUAAAUUUUGUUUGUACCAACAGUUAAAAAUGAAUGUGGAUGAUACACAACGAUUAUUUUAUGAUCACAUUAAUUCAUUUUAUAAUGAUAUUCAUUUAUCGGAGCAACUCAUCAAAUUAUUGCGGACACACCAAUGUAAUUAUAUGCUAGAUGAUAUACUGAAAGAUAUACUGCAGCAUGGAGCAGAUGUUGCGGCGAAUAAACGGCAAAUAUUGCUACAGUUCUCGCAACAGCGCCAACACCUCCACGAAUUAGCGGACAUAUUGGAGAAGUCGGGUCAGCCCCAGGUGGCGCAUCAUUUGCGCAGGUGUCCAAACGCCAAGCCUCCCAAAUCGGUCCGAUGUUUAGUAACAACGCUGUAUACGUUUCCCAUUCUGUACGCCAUAAUAAUCAUCAUUAAGUGUGCGAUCGAUAUAUCGUUUAUCUCUUUCACUCUCAUCUCUACAUCUAAUUUGUGUCUCAAUCGCAUGAAUACUCUCUAA